CAGCCUGGGAUCAGCUGGGAUGAAGAGCAGUGGGACAGCACGGAUCAGUCAGUGUGAAGACGCGACAGCACUUGAAGAGAAGGCAGCUCUUAGGAGCCAACACAUUUCUCAGAUUGUUGGAGACCCUGCCAUUCAACAGCCAGGAUGGCUCGGGAUAUGUCAGAUAAGGAAAUCUUGAAAAUGGAGUUGGAACAAUUGAAGAAGGAAGUUAACACACCUAGAACACCAGUGAGUGCAAACUGUGCAGAUACGAUUACUUUUGUUGAGGGAAUGCUACCAAAUGAUCCGCUGAUCAAGGGCGUUCCAGAUGACAAGAACCCCUACAAGGGAGACAAGGGAGGCUGCAUAAUAACAUAGCACAUGUGCAUCUAGGGAAAAGUCGGAUCGUUUUUUAUGGGAGCUGGUCGCAUCGCUGCAAAAUUCCUGUAGAAUUAUUGUGGAUAAAAUGUACAGUAGAAAGAAAAAUAAGAUCUGUUGUGGUACUGCUACCAGGAGAGAGACCAUUUUCCAUCACUGGAUUACUGUGUGUAUCUGUUCAUGCGAAAAUGUUUGUCAAUUUGUAAUUAAAUGCAAAUAGCUGUACAAAGCUUUGAACUGAUCUGUCUGCUCUGAUUAUUGAUAUUCAUUAGUAGAACUCACUUUUAUUGCACUACUACUGCACUUUCAUCUCAUUUUAUUAUGUUGUUUGAUAUUAAAUAGGAUUUAGUACAAACUAUAUUUUUGUUUUGUCCAACAUCUGACUGUAGAUCAGUAUAAAUCAA